CGGAGGAGCCGGAGCUCUGAGGGCUGUGAUUGGAGGAGAAAGACCGAGUCCAAAAACUAUCAGCCAGGAAACGUCUCGAGUUUCAGGGGGGAGUGACAUUUCUUCAAGGGGUUGGAAAGAGAGAGAGAGAGAGUGAAAAAAAAUCUCCGUAAACCCGACAAAGCGUCCGAGUACGGCCAGUAUCCUCAGAGACUGCGCUCAUGUCACUGGAUGUGUAUUUUGGGAUGGAUGUUUUAUUCCGUGUUUGUUCUCGGGUAUAGCUGAAGGCUGCAGCGCGUCCUGCUGAAGACUCAAAUACAGGGUUCGCGGACGAAAAACGAAAAAAAGUUUCUGGAACGCGUCACUUUUUUCCCUCUUGAAGGAUUUACGCAAACACGAACGGAUACUAUCUGUGGGUCGCUGCUGGCAUGCGAGCCUGUCGUCGGUGUCUUGUUGGAUUUGGGAAUAGGGAAUAGUUUUGGUCGCAUUCCUGUCUGGAUUCGGCCCAUGAGCUCCCUGUUUAUAUGCGGAUCCUGAAAUUCGCUGUCUGCUCUUUUUCUCCCAGGUGAUUGGUGGGAAUUCCAGUGAGUGACCGACCGUACAGCCUGCAGUUGAUGGUUGGGUGGAGCCCCUCAGAUGGGAUCCGUGUCCAGGGGGAGGCCGAGGAGGAGGGGGGGAUGUGGAGACACGCCCACCACUGAUGGGAUGUUCGCCCGAGGGUGGCUUCUGGGUGCUCUCCUGCUAAUGACCCUGGCAACGGUAUCUGUGGCACGGCCGUCAUUGAAGAUUGACUUGGUGAAUACAUCUGCACCUGAAGAGCCUCCAACCAAAAACCAAAACUGUGUGCCCGUCCUGUUCUCGGUGCACCCGGGUGAGCUGCUCAAGCUCAAGUGCCCGCUGUCCGGGGCAGAUGACGUCGUCUGGACCAAAGACAGCUCCUCGCUGCGCCCCGACAACCGCACGCUCGUAACUCGGGAUUGGCUGCAGAUCAGCGACGCCACCCCGAAGGACUCGGGCCUGUAUUCGUGCAGUGCCACGGGCUCGCGGGACUGCGAUGUGUUUAGCUUCAUCGUAAACGUUACAGAUGCCAUCUCAUCCGGUGACGAUGAGGACGACACAGAGCGGUCAGACGAUGUUGGGGCAGACGGUGAACAAAUGCGGCUGCCAUAUUGGACCUUUCCAGAGAAGAUGGAGAAGAAGCUGCAUGCCGUCCCGGCGGCCAACACGGUGAAGUUUCGCUGCGCGGCAGCCGGAAAUCCUAAACCCAAAAUGCGCUGGCUGAAAAACGCAAAACCCUUCAGACAGGAGGAUCGCAUGGGCGGCUACAAGGUUCGACUCCAGCACUGGACCCUGAUCAUGGAGAGCGUGGUUCCCUCUGAUAAAGGAAACUACACCUGUCUGGUGGAGAACCAGUAUGGCUCCAUCAAUCACACAUACACGCUGGAUGUCGUUGAACGCUCUCCUCACCGGCCCAUUCUCCAGGCAGGCCUGCCAGCAAACGUCACUGUGCAAGUUGGACAAGAUGCGAAGUUCGUCUGUAAAGUUUACAGUGAUGCUCAGCCUCAUAUCCAGUGGUUGCAGCACUAUACGAAGAACGGCAGCCGCUAUGGUCCUGAUGGACUUCCUUAUGUCCGCGUAUUGAAGACGGCAGGUGUGAACACUACGGAUAAAGAGAUCGAGGUGCUCUACCUGCCUAAUGUAACUUUCGAGGAUGCGGGCGAGUAUACGUGUUUGGCGGGUAACUCUAUUGGGAUCUCCUAUCACACUGCUUGGUUGACGGUGCAUCCAGCUGAGACGAAUCCCAUCGAGACGGAUUAUCCUCCAGAUUAUGUGGAGAUCGCCAUCUACUGUAUAGGUGUGUUUCUGAUCGCCUGUAUGGUGGUGAUCGUGGUGGUUUGCCGGAUGAGGACGUCGGCUAAGAAGCCUGAUUUCAGCAGUCAGCCAGCAGUGCACAAGCUCACCAAACAGAUCCCCCUGCGCCGCCAGGUAACAGUGUCGUCAGACUCCAGCUCCUCCAUGAGCUCUAGCACGCCAUUGGUCAGAAUCACCACUCGCCGGAGCUCCGCCCACGAUGAUCCCAUUCCAGAAUACGACCUCCCUGAGGACCCACGCUGGGAGUUUUCUAGAGACAAGUUAACUCUGGGUAAGCCUCUCGGCGAGGGCUGCUUUGGUCAGGUUGUGAUGGCUGAAGCUCUUGGCAUUGACAAGGACAAACCGAAAGAGGCUGUGACUGUGGCUGUCAAGAUGCUAAAAGAUGAUGCGACCGAGAAGGAUCUUUCUGACCUGGUGUCAGAGAUGGAGAUGAUGAAGAUGAUUGGCCGGCACAAGAACAUCAUCAAUCUGUUGGGAGCGUGCACACAGGAUGGUCCAUUAUAUGUCAUUGUUGAGUAUGCAUCUAAAGGGAACCUCCGGGAGUAUCUGAGGGCCCGGCGGCCCCCAGGAAUGGAGUAUUCCUAUGAUAUAGCCCGCGUAUCAGAUGAGCCUCUCACUUUCAAAGAUCUGGUCUCCUGCACUUAUCAAGUUGCCCGUGGCAUGGAGUAUUUAGCCUCUCAGAAGUGUAUACACCGAGAUUUGGCCGCGAGGAAUGUGUUGGUCACGGAGAGCAACGUUAUGAAGAUCGCAGACUUCGGUCUGGCCAGAGACGUCCACAACAUAGAUUACUAUAAAAAGACCACAAAUGGUCGUCUGCCUGUGAAAUGGAUGGCUCCAGAAGCACUGUUCGACCGAGUUUAUACACACCAGAGUGACGUCUGGUCGUUUGGGGUUUUAAUGUGGGAGAUCUUCACUCUCGGCGGUUCUCCGUAUCCUGGAAUACCUGUCGAGGAGCUCUUUAAACUAUUAAAAGAGGGUCAUCGCAUGGACAAACCUGCUAACUGCACCAAUGAGUUGUACAUGAUGAUGAAGGACUGCUGGCAUGCCAUCUCCUCCCACAGACCCACAUUCAAGCAGUUGGUGGAGGAUCUGGACCGCAUUCUCACUCUGGCAACCAACGAGGAAUAUCUGGACCUGUGUGCCCCGGUGGAGCAAUACUCUCCCAGCUUCCCCGACACACGCAGCUCCUGCUCCUCCGGAGACGACUCCGUAUUUUCCCAUGAUCCCUUAGCGGACGAGCCCUGCCUUCCCAAAUACCAGCACAUCAACGGCGGCAUAAAAACAUGAGCCUCUCCAACGUUCUCAAAACGCACCACAUCCAAGCUACACCUCCAGUUCUCAAAAACACUGAGACUUUCCCCACAGUUACUUCCCAAUCAGAUCCCGAUGCUGACUCCGGACUCCUCGCAAUGCUCCCGCUGGACUUUAGGAGUGAGCCUAGAGAGACGGAGACGCCAGCAGUGCUGCUUUUACAGGAAUAAACAACUGAAGUGUGCAAAAGCGCAGGUGAUUUUUAUUUUAGAUUUUUCUUUUUAGUGGAAACACACACUUGUGCGCACAAAAACACGUGACCAAGCUCUUAAGGAGAGGGUGAGGCCUCAAGGAAAGUGACUGUACGCAAGGGCCCACCUCUUUUUCGUUUAUUUUCCGUUUUUGUUGGAAUUCUUGAUAUCAUUCCAUUGCUCGGCAUUCCAGGAGUCUGCGUUUUCCCAAGAGACACAAACAGAACUCUUAAAACUGAGACGAUAAAGGAGAAAAUAGGAAACAAACACAAUACAACUAACAGAUGAGGAAGAAGAAGAAGAAGUAGAAAACAUAACACUGCCUCCGGAUGAUUUUUUAAAAGUGUUUUUAUUUUUUAAAAAUGCUCCGUUUUUACAGUGAUAACACAGUUAUCGUACAAAAAGCCCAAGCAGUUAUUCUUAUUGGUUAAACAAAGUUAAUACAUGGUAUAUAGUGCUGGGUAUAUUUGUAAAUAUAUUCAAAUAUGUAAAAAUAUAUAUAUUAUAUAUUUACAAUGAAUUAUUUUUUGUAUGGACUUCCGAUCAAUUCCUCCCUUUCCCCCCGCUGUUCCUCAGAAAUGGACACAUCGAGAUGUUUCUAUUACAUUCCCAGAUGUUCAUUCGCACAUUUACUGCAGGAUUCGAGAUUAAAGACUCAAAGAAAUGGCUUGAGGAGUGCAGUGUGUUUCCUGUUAAACAGGAAGUUAUCACUUUGCUAGCGUUCAGAUGACCUCAAAACUAACAAACAUGGACUAAAAGCCACAGUGCAGCUUUUCUAGCGCAUGUUUCAAAUGGUUCGUGUUGGUUUAAAUCCAGACAUGGAGAGGUUUUAAUGUCGGUCCUGCAUAACAGUCACGUUUUGGAUUUCAGGGAACGAGAUAGCAUGUUAAUUUAUUGACUUAUGUUUAAAAAAAGAAUCAAAUUAAUUAAAAAAGAUCAAAAUAAUAAAGAGAUAAUACUAUUAAUGAUGACAGUAGAAACAAUGAUUCAUAAUGUUUAUGUUGUAAUUUAAAAUGACAUUUCAUUGAGGCAAUGGUACAAAGAAUUAUUUGUAGCUGGCAUCGAAAGAUUUGCAUUUCUCACAUGUAUAUAUACAGUUAAAGUCAGAAUUUUUAGCCCCCCUCUGAAUUUGUGUUUCUUUUUAAAAUAUUUCCCAAAUUAUGUUUAACAGAGCAAGGAAAUUUUCACAGUAUGUCUGAUAAUAUUUUUUCUUCUGGAGAAAAUCUUAUUUGUUUUAUUUCAGCUAGAAUAAAAGCACUUCUUAAUUUUUUAAACACCAUUUUAAUGUAAAAAUUAUUAGCCCCUUACUUGCCUAAUUACCCUUACUGGCCUAGAUAACCUAAUUAACCUAAUUAAUGUCACAUUAAGCUGUAUAGAAGUGUCUUGAAAAAUAUCUAGUCAAAUAUUAUUUACUGUCAUCAUACAGAUAAAAUAAAUCAGUUAUUAGAAAUGAAUUAUUAAAACUAUUAUGUUUAGAAAUGUGUCGGAAAAACUCUUCCAUUAAACAGAAAUUAGGGAAAAACAGACAAACAAAAGGGCUAAUAAUUUUGACUUCAACUAUAUAUAUGCGUAAGAAAUGCAAAUCUUUCGAUACCAGCUACAAAUAAUUCUUUUUAUAUAUAUAUAAUAUGUACACACAAAUGUGAAUGGUAAAUUAAAAUACAAAAAUAACAUACAUAUUUUUAUAGUCAGCUAAUCCCUUUUCUAUAGUAGAGGAUGUUGUUUUUAUCUGACAGUUUUUUUUUUCUCACACACUGAAGUUUGCAUUUGAAUUUGACAAAAUACUGGAAGUAUAUUUCGUGCAGUUUCACCCACAUCAGCAGCAGCUCAUUCAUUCAGAUGACGUCAGUUUUCAAAACACAAAAGUAUUAUGAAUCGUUCAAGUGUUUCAUUUUCUUCCAGACAACAACUGAGAUGAGGUUGUUCUCAAGUGUUCCUGACUGAUUUGUAAAAUUAAAGAUGAAAAAACGUUA